AUGCUGAUAAACCACUUCUGCCUUGAGCUUGAGGAGGAGGUCGAGCAAAAGCUCAUCAACGCGCGACUCGGAGUGGAGGACGUCUCGGAGGAAUGGCUCCAGGCGCAGUUGCUGUUACGCGCUUUCGGGCGUCCCGGUGAAGAAGUCCGCCGAACGAAGCUUGACAUGAUCUCGAGUCUCGAGAUUAUCAACGCGAUACUGGAGGACAAAUACUACAUCCGCCCAUUGGAGCAUCUCCUUGAACUCUUCCACAAUUUAGAGGAGGUUUGGGCCAAAGCAUAUCCUGAGCACCCAGCUUCAGAGAAUUAUUUCAAGAACAAAACGCGACACAACGCCUCACAGUGCUGGUGCUUUGCUGCACAGCAAAAGAACCUACUCAUCGAAAAAACGUUGCCUGCCACGGUAACAAAGCCAAAGCCGAACGUGAGUCAGGAUGCACGACCUGCACCAGAAACGCGAGCCGCGAACGACGCCAAUGUGCUCCAAGCACUCGCUGUGCACAAGCGGUCAUUACCGGACGCUGAAGAUCUUGGUGAAGCUUCCGGUGGUUUGCACAAAAGACAAAAGCUUCCGUCGCCUACUCCUGAGCCCGAUAACGACAACAGGGAAGGCCCAUCGUCCUUGACCGCGCCAAUUGCAGGCGUACCCCUGACACCGCCAGAGCGUGCGGAUCACCCGCCCCUUGCGGUUGCGGUUUCUGUACCUCCGUCCGAGAGCCCUCUAUGGCGAGCGAUUCUUGAUGAACACAGCAGAUCCAGGCUGCAUAAUUACAUGACUCAAAUGGCAGGUACCUACAUGGUACAGUGUCCGUUGCUGGAAACGAGACAUCCAGAUCUCGUCGGGCAACUCAGCAUCGUCAUCAAGUACAUUGGUGCUCCCUCAACUACGUCUGGCAUACUCGAAGCUUACAUCAACUUUGGCAAUUUUGUUGGCCCGGCAGUACUUGGGCUCGACGAUCCCCACCUCACAGAGUACCUUUGGGCCACAGCAAAAGAAAGACGGGGCCAACGUGGUCCUACUGACUACGUGAACGCUGAAGUUAAAAGACUUCGCGAGGCCGCACUAGAUUUGGCUGGGCAAAGAACACCGGCACGGAAGAGGACUAACCUGAAGACUAGAAAUCUUAGAGACAUUCCUGCUCUUGAGAUUAACACUUCCGAGUUACCCGGAUUGUGUUUUGACGCUCGACUUGAUAAUCCGACCGGCGAAUUCUACGAGUCAGGCACAUAUCGCAUCUUCCAGGGAGAAAUCAAGUUCAGUGAGAGCGGUCUGUGUUUCGGCGGAGCGAUUAGGUUGCCAGAAAGUGCUGGAGGGGAGCUGAAGUUCAAUGGUUUCAAGGUCUUCAACAAACACCGAGGUGACCUCCCACAGAAAUGGGAAGAUGUUCCUACCAGCAAGGUACAUCCGUUGGAGGAUACUCCCUUAUAG